UCAGAAAAAUUUCCAUGCAGAGUUGUCUCGGUUCGUCUUCUUCAAGAGACAAAGCAGAAGAAGUGAAAAAGCCUCACAUUGGCCUCAAAGACAUUUGGUCUGCUUACGAAGAAUGGAGCAAUUACGCCGUAGGAGUUCCUCUUUCGCUGAAGCACACAAGAUCGAAUGUCACUCAGUACUAUGUUCCUACACUCUCCGCGAUCCAAAUCUUCACGAACAAAAGCGGAUCUUCUUCAAGGAGCUUUGGUACGGACUGUCAUCUUUAUUUCCAAUACAAUGAGACAAUGAGGUUUGAUGAUAGGCCUCCUCUUAUUCUAAAGGUUGAUGAGCUAGCUAAGAAGCACCGUGGAUUGAAUAGUCUUACAAGCUCUGAUCUUUCUCAUCGCAGCUGGUUUUCUGUUGCUUGGUCUCCGCUAUAUCAAAUUCCAGAAGUGCGGACCGUCAAGGCAUUAUCUGUCUCUUUCCUGACAUAUCAUUCAUUGACACCUUUCUUUCCAGAAAUAUUUCCUCAAGAUGCAAAAGUUGUGCUCCCUGCUUUCGGAGUAGUGACUUCCAAGCACCCCGGAAAAGUUUGGAUCAUGCCAGGGACCUCAGAUCAAGAGAACCUAAACAUCCAUGAAGAAUCUGCUGCCUCCUGGCUCGGAGAGGUCAUGUUUAGGCACAAUGAUUUCGAAUUGUUUAUGGCUGAGAAAGCUAAUGACCUGCCACUUCCAAGUGGGUGGUAACUCUCUCUGCGUUUACCUAUUCCGACCACUGUCAGUGAUGUGAUGUCGCCGGCAGAUGAAAUAAACCUGGUCGUGGUAUCUUUUUAACUUGGAAUACAUAGAUGAAAACUUUGCGAACAUCUGGAUU